AUGGUGGACCAAUUUGAUCCCAACUUCACUGAGAAUGUCAUCAAUGCGACGGGUCCAAAGACGGACCCGCGCAUGCGGCAAGUGAUGACCUCUCUCAUCCGCCACCUUCACGACUUUGCUCGCGAGGUCGAACUCACCGUCGACGAGUGGAUGGCGGGUGUGAACUUGAUCAACUGGGCAGGCCAGAUGAGCAAUGACAGGAGAAACGAAGGGCAGUUGGUGUGCGAUGUCUUGGGCCUUGAAUCCCUUGUCGACGAGAUUACCUUCUCGCGCGCCGCAAACGCUCCCGACGCUGCCACUGCCACCGCUAUCCUUGGUCCGUUCUUCAGAACUGGCGCACCACAUUAUCCCAACGGCUCGAGCAUCAUCAAGACCCCUCCCACCGAGGGUGGUGAGGUGACUUUCAUGCAUGGCAGAGUUGUCGAUUCCACAACUGGAGAACCGAUCGAAGGGGUGGUAAUCGAUGUGUGGGAAGCGUCCACAAACGGAUUGUACGAGCAACAGGAUCCCAACCAAGCAGACUGCAACCUUCGAGGAAGAUUCACGACGGAUAAGGAUGGAAAGUACUCAUUGUACUGCCUAAGGCCAACUCCCUAUCCAAUUCCAUUCGACGGCCCGGCUGGAAAGAUCCUUCAGCUCCUUGACCGACACCCGAUGCGCCCAGCCCACAUUCAUUUGAUUGCCACGCACAAGGACUAUAAACCGAUUACGACCCAGAUCUUCGACAGUGAAGAUAAAUAUCUCUCAAAUGAUUCCGUUUUUGCCGUAAAACACUCAUUGGUUGUUGAGUUCAAGCCUUUAGAAGGCAACGACCAAGCAACCAGGGAAUUGGAGUACGACUUGAAACUGAAAAAGCCGUCCUCUACUUAA